ACAGCACCAUAACCUUACAUGUCACUUUACAAGUAUACGACGGAUGGACAUGUCCCUGCUUCAGGGAGGUUAAGCCAGCUGCAUGUGUGGAGGCUAAGACUAAGUGAAGGGUAAAAGACCUAUGAAUUGCAACCAAGAAGCAAUAGCUAGCAUGGAAAAUCAACAGUGAAAAGCAGAAAAGAAAACAAAAGACGCUGAAUAAGAAGGGCUGCGGUAUCACAACCCAAGUUAUCCCCGGACAUCUUUGGAUUGCCCUUUCCUGGACAAUAAAGAUACAUAAAAAUUGUACUGUGGAAGUCGCAUUCUGCAGCUGGCAACAAACUAUCCUAGGACCAGCCUUGCGAUUUGCAAGGCCCUAUGCUUCUGGAAGUGAAGAAAUGAAAUGACAAGAUGCCUCCUGCAUUGUUCCAGAAGGGAUGAGGAGACCGGAGACAGGAUCCCAGAAUUCUGAAGGCUGCAAACUUUGAAUGCAUGAAACAUGACAGAUGGGCAGGAGCUGGGACAGGAAGGAAGAGAUGAUUCUGCUAACUGCACUUGUGUGUCUGGCCACUGGGUUACAGCAGUCUGUUGGACAGGAUCCAGCUCCAGUAUAUGCUGCUUUGUCUACUGACUUGCCAGAAGUGCAAAUAGAGAUCACUGACCAGCACAAUGAGCUCAGGAGAUUGGUAUAUCCAACAGCUAGAAACAUGCUGAAGAUGGUAUGGAAUGCUGAAGCUGCAAAGAAUGCUAAAAGUUGGGCAGAACAAUGCAUUUAUUCCCAUAGUCCUGUAUCCAGAAGAAAAGUUGGAAAUAUCACCUGUGGUGAAAAUCUCUAUUAUUCAAGUGUUCCCAAAUCAUGGUCAUCUGCACUCCAAGGCUGGUUUGAUGAGAGAGAUUCCUUCACAUUCGGUGUUGAACCAACAUCAUCAAAUGCAGUGACUGGACACUAUACUCAGAUGGUUUGGUAUAAGUCUUAUGAGAUUGGAUGUUCAUUUGCUUUCUGUCCAUACUCGGCUCUGUACAAGUACUAUUAUGUUUGCCAUUACUACCCUGCGGGAAAUGUAGUAGGAUCAACUACGACACCUUACAAAAAAGGAGACCCAUGCGGCGACUGUCCUGAUGCUUGUGACAAUGUACUGUGCACCAAUCCUUGCAAGUAUGAAGAUACAUAUGCCAACUGUGGUCAAUUAAAAAAGCAAUAUACCUGUAAACACCCGUUUGUCCUAAAAUAUUGUACUGGUUCCUGUCAGUGUACCACUGAAAUACAGUAAUAACGUAAAGUUAGCCUCUGCAGUAAAAUGAAAAUAAAUAAAAUCACAUAUUUCCAAACUAGAUAUAAUUCUAGAUAAAGAUUCUAACGAUGCAUUCUGCAUUGUAUGCUGUGAUCCUCCUCCUGUGUAAGUUUCAUGUUGUAUUAAGUCUCACUUAGUUAUUAACUAGGGGCAUCUGGUCUUCUCAAUCUGCCUGUAGAACUCCUUUGACGUCAAUGAAAUAAAACCCCCUUAACCAUGUUGUUCUUUGCCGUGAGACAAUUGUUAUAUUUGGAAAAUUUUAAAACCUGUGACAAAAUUAGCCCACAUCUUUUCAUUUAAUACUCAUUAAAACAGUGAUGAUUUUUAUUUUUGUUUUAAAUUCUGCACAUGCUGAGUUCUGCAUAGCAUUCAGGGCAGUAGGUUCUAAUCUCAUUUAAACUGGAGUAAAAUCCAGAAUAACUCUAUUGGAUUCAGUAGAGUUGUUCCAGAUUUAUUCCAGUAUAAAUGAGAUCAGAACCUUGCCCAGAAAGAUCCCACUUCAUUGUCAACUUGGUUUUACACAAAAUCCCAUUUUAAUUACUGAAGGAGCUGAUUGAAGGAACUUUCUUUUAAAAUGGGCAAAGUUUAUUUGAAAAUGUACUUUUUAGUUGUAUGCAAGAAAAACAAACAUGGCUUGAAGCCCAUAGAAGAAAGAAACGGACACUUAAGUAUAUUAAUUUCACUUACUUAAUAACUUGAUUUUGGUUUUGUGACCUUUCUCUUUGUCAUAUUCCUGCAAAAUAAACACCUUAAUUAUC